GCCUUGGUAUCCCGGCGGCACCGUCAUGGCGUCCCAGCCCAAUUCCUCGGCCAAGAAGAAAGACGAGAAGGGCAAGAACAUCCAGGUGGUGGUGAGAUGCAGACCAUUUAAUUCGGCAGAACGGAAAGCUAGUGCCCUUUCUGUAGUAGAAUGUGAUCACAUUCGGAAAGAAGUCAGCGUGCGAACUGGAGGAUUGACAGAUAAGAGCUCAAGGAAAACCUAUACUUUCGAUAUGGUGUUUGGGCCAUCUACUAAACAAAUUGAUGUUUACCGAAGUGUUGUUUGUCCAAUUCUGGAUGAAGUUAUUAUGGGCUACAAUUGCACAAUUUUUGCGUAUGGCCAAACUGGUACUGGAAAAACCUUUACAAUGGAAGGUGAAAGGUCACCUAAUGGAGAAUAUACUUGGGAGGAGGAUCCCUUGGCUGGUAUAAUUCCACGUACUCUUCAUCAAAUUUUUGAGAAACUUAGUAAUAAUGGCACUGAAUUUUCCGUCAAAGUAUCCCUGUUGGAAAUCUAUAAUGAGGAACUCUUUGAUCUACUUAACCCAUCUUCUGACGUAUCUGAGAGAUUGCAGAUGUUUGAUGAUCCCCGUAACAAGAGGGGAGUAAUAAUCAAAGGUUUGGAAGAGAUUACAGUACACAACAAGGAUGAAGUUUAUCAAAUUUUGGAGAAAGGGGCAGCGAAAAGGACCACUGCAGCAACACUGAUGAAUGCAUACUCUAGUCGUUCCCAUUCAGUCUUCUCUGUUACAAUCCAUAUGAAAGAAACUACCAUCGAUGGAGAGGAGCUUGUUAAAAUUGGAAAGUUGAACUUGGUUGAUCUUGCAGGAAGUGAAAACAUUGGCCGAUCUGGAGCAGUUGAUAAGAGAGCUCGGGAAGCUGGAAAUAUCAAUCAGUCUCUGUUGACUUUGGGAAGAGUUAUUACUGCUCUCGUAGAAAGAACACCUCAUGUACCUUAUCGAGAAUCUAAGCUAACAAGAAUCCUACAGGAUUCUCUUGGGGGCCGUACGAAAACAUCUAUCAUUGCAACAAUUUCCCCUGCAUCUCUCAAUCUUGAGGAAACUCUGAGCACAUUGGAAUAUGCUCAUAGAGCAAAGAACAUACUGAAUAAGCCUGAAGUCAACCAGAAACUCACCAAAAAAGCUCUUAUUAAGGAAUAUACAGAAGAGAUAGAGCGUCUGAAACGAGAUCUUGCUGCGACCCGUGAGAAAAAUGGGGUGUACAUUUCAGAAGAAAAUUUUAAAACCAUGAGUGGAAAACUAACAGUUCAAGAAGAACAGAUUGUUGAAUUGAUGGAAAAAAUUGGUGCAUUAGAGGAAGAACUAAGCAGGGUUACAGAACUGUUUACGGAACAUAAGAACGAGCUUGAUCAGUGUAAAUCUGACCUGCAAAAUAAGGCACGGGAACUUGAAACCACUCAAAAAUACUUAGAAGAAACUAAAUUACAGCUUGUUGAAGAAACUUAUAUCACCUCAGCUUUGGAAGAUACCGAGGAAAAACUCCAUGAUACUGCCAGCAGGUUGCUUAACACCGUUGAAGAAACUACAAAAGAUGUUUCUGGCCUCCAUUUCAAGUUGGAUCGUAAGAAGGCAGUCGAUGAGCACAAUGCACAAGUUCAGGAUGUUUUUGGCAAAAACCUGAGUAGUCUGUUUAAUACUAUGGAAGAAUUGCUUAAGGAUGGCAGCUCCAAACAAAAGACCAUGCUUGACAGUCACAAGGCCCUGUUUGGUAACCUGCUAUCUUCCAGUGUUUCUGCAUUUGACACCAUUGCUAGAACAGCACUUGGAUCUCUCACAUCUAUUCCAGAAAAUGUGUCUGCACAUAUUUCUCAGAUUUCUGAUAUGAUAUUGAAAGAACAGUCAUUGGCAGCGGAAAGUAAAACUGUACUUCAGAUGUUGAUUAGUGAACUCAAUACUGAGCUUCAAAAUUCGCUGAAAACAAUUUUAUCCCCUACUGUGUUGUCUAUACUGAAGAUCAAUAGUCAACUAACGAAUAUUUUCAAGACUUCAUUGACAUUGACUGAUAAGAUAGAAGAACAGAAAAAGGAAAUGGAUGACUUUCUCAGCACACUUUGUAGCAGUCUCCACCAAUUACAAGAAAAUACAACUUCUUCCUUGGCUGACUUACAAAAGCGUUAUGAAAACUUAACAGAAGAUCUGAAGGAAAUUAAGAAAAUCCAUUCACAGGAACUUUUCCAGUUAAUCAAUCUUUGGGGAGAGAGGUUCUGUGCUUUGGAAGAAAAAUGUGAAAAUAUCCAGAAGCCACAUAUUAGUAUUCAAGAAAAUACAGAGCAGAAGUCUAAGGAUAUAAUCAGGAAAACAAGAUCUCAUAAUGCAAAAUUUUGUGCUGAUUCAGAUGGUUUGUCCCAGGAACUCAAGCAUUUUCAUCAAGAAGGCACAGACUUGGUCGAGGAGUCGGUGAAAUACCUUGAUAAACUCAACAGCAACCUUGGGAUACUAACCCAACACACAGAACAGAGAUGCGAGGCUCUGAAUACAAGUACACUUUGUUUUUCGGAUGAAUGGGUAUCUUGCUUAAAUAAACGGGAGGAGGAACUUCAAAACUUAAUGCAGGUUGUUAACCAAGGUUGUGAGACCUCAAGUUCAGAAAUUACUGAAAAAUUAAGUGGACAUAAAGCAGCUAAUGAGAACUUGAGAAACAUCUUUCUUGAUCAGAUACAUGUUGAUGAAGAAACAUUAAUGUCUCAAAGUCUGGAAUUUAAUGACAACAUAAAAAUUGGCUUGACCAAGCUUAAUAGCUUUCUGCAACAAGAACUGAAACUAGAUGUCUCAACAGGUACAACGCCACAGAGGAAAAAUUACUCAUAUCCAUCACUGUUGGUGAGAACCAAACCACGAGAGCAGCUUCUUGAUCAGCUGAAAAGAAAACAACCAGAGCUAUUAAUGCUGCUUAACACUUUAGAGGAUAAAGAAGAGGCCAGUCAGGACUCGGAUGAAGAAAAGGCAGUUCUGGAGCAUACCAUAGAAGAACCUCAAAGUCAAGAGCCUUCUGUAGAUACUAGUAUGGAUUGUUCAUCAAGUGGUGGGGUUCCAUUUUUUCAGCGUGAAAGGCCACAUGGAAAAGACAAAGAAAACAGAGGCAUUAACCCAGUGAAGAGGUCUAAAGUGGAAGAAAAUACAGAACCAUUUGCAAAAAGCAAAUUGCCUCUUCGAGCCCAGAUUAAUCUUUAGUUAAUUUGAGGAUUGGUAAUCGCAUAUUUUUAUAAAAAUAAAAACUGUAAACCCAGAACUUGAGCCUUGUGUACAGAUUUAAAACUAAAAAGAUCAAGGCAAUACUGUAAAUUUGAUUUUAAUGUAUCUAUUCAUUUUUCUGUCAUCCCUUUAGUUUAUUAUGUGUAAGUAGGGUUUAAUUUGGGAUUUUCAUUGAGUAAUUCUGAGUUUAAAGCUUUUAAUAUAAUCAUUUCAUAGAUAAUAAAAAAUCUUUCCUGCAUAUUACUGAGUAGUAUAUAUAUCUAGAAAGAGAGAAGCUGCCUUGUUCUUUUAGGCUUGACCUUAGAGAGUUAGACAUUACCACUACUUUGCUUCGGGAAGGAUCAUCUCUUUCCCAUUUUUUGCUGAUUGAAUUAUGUAUGUAUGUAUUUGGUUGCUUUCUUCCCUGGACUUUUUUUAUUUUAACUUCUGAAAUCACUUUCCUCCGUUAUUCACUACCAAAUCAUAUGUAGGGCUCCAAAUUGUAAUCCAGUCUGAUGAGAUAGCCAUGGUUUUGUCUAAAAAUCUCUAUUUUGUGUGGCUGUCUCUAAAACCCCAUUAACAGGUAGAUACUGGAGGCACUUCUUCAUCAUUAUUUUCUUUCUUCUUUUUUCCUUUUGAAAUUUUUUGUUCUGUUUUGUUCUGUUUUGUUUUACUUGGGGGCCAUCUCUGAUGGUGCCCAGUAUAUAUCUAGCUAUAUAGGGAUCACUCCCAGCGGUGCUUAGGUGACCCGCCAUAUAGGGUGUUAGGGAUCGAAUCCAGGUUGAUCGUGUGCAAGGCAAACACCCUGCCUGCUGUACUAUCACUCUCGACCCUCUUUAAAAUUUUUUUUGCCACACCUAGUGGUGCUCAGGGACCAC